AUGCUGAGGUCUGUGUUGUUAACCUGCUACGAUCCGCCUCCAAGUGGGCCCGGAGAGCCAAUCGAGGCCUGCGUGAAGGCGCUGGCCGAGCGCGUGGACGACACGGGCGAGUGCGACUUCGCUGAUCUGCGCGGGGCCUGGGGGCAGGCUGGACGUUUGGGAGUCCGAGAAGAGACCGGACCAAUUGUGGCACCUCCGCAGCUCACUUCGGAGUGGUUGGGGGUGCCCAGCGUAGCUGCUGGCGUAGCUGGCGCGCGAUGUGCACGCUUGUCGGAUCUAGCUUUGGCUGUCGCGGCUGCCGCAUAUCAGCGCACAUUGGUGCUGACCUGCAGCUGGCACUGCGAGCAACGCCUCAGUUGUUUCCUGGCUCUCAAGGUCCUUGUGGCAGUGCUGCGGGGCAUUCAUAGCGAGUUGGUGCCCACCGAGCGUGUGCUCUGGGAACUGAUUUUUUCCCAACAGGAGAAGAACUUCGACGGAUCCGUAGCCAAAGAGGAGGUCCUUGCUGCCUUGGAAGAGUUGCUAAGCUUCCACGAGGAGGAUUCACGAGCGUCGCCAGGAGAACUGGAGGAGUUAGACUCGCUACGGCGGCAGUGCCAAAAGAAGUCCUUGGAGAACCUCUUCGCCGAUGGACGCCGCAGCUCCGUCGCCUUCGCGGAUGUUCUUCGAUGGUGGUGGGAUAUGCCCGAGGAAUACCGGGAGGCGGCGGGGCUGGCAGUUCCUGCCUCAGUGCUUCGACAGCGACUGCGACGGCAACCAGAAGAGAUGUUUCGAGGACCGUUGCGCAGAGUGGCAGCUGAAGCGGCCUUUGCCCGGCAAGCCCUUCGUGGUCAUGUCCGGGCCUUCGCGGAGCUUAGGGCUUUGGCAGUGCGGCGAACGAUUGAAGGGUUUUCCAUCCGCUCCACGGCAGAGUCACGAACCACGACCAGUGAUGCGGGCGAUGUCAGUAUUUAUUCCGAUGAACGAUUGGACGAAGAGGUCCCUACUGUGAUAGGAGAGGGGUUUUCGUCCUGA